AUGAAAUGUAGAGGCGUGGCCGGGGACAGUAUAAAGUGGAGUCGUGAUUGCGAGUCUAGCAAGCACCCCAUGGGGUUGAUCUCUUAUGCUUACGGAGAGACAAGUGGUGAUUGGCGGGAGAUUGCGUUUUAUGACGCGUAUAUAGUUAUAGGCAGCAUGGUGGCUACUUUGCGGAAGGACCCGACUACCGCGACCCCGUUCCAUUGUCCGCCGAGCCACGGCUUCUUGGGCUCGGCGGUAUUGCCGUCAUCGGUCACUGCUUGGGAGCCGCAUGGGAAAUGGUCUUCAACGGUGGCGGUGGGUUGUGCGGGUGGCAAGAUGUAUUUGUUAGACACGACGAGUCUAAGUCCGAGUGUGCCGCUUAAGGUAACGGAGGAGACGGCCAUAAACAUCUCUAGUGGUGAUGUACGGUCCAUUGCAUGGCAUAAUCAAGCCAUGAACAAAGACAUUUUGCUGGUGGGUGCUGCCAAUGGAUUCUGCAUCAUACAUACGAAGAAUGGCAAGGUGCUAAUGUCGCCGGUUGAUAUGCAGAAGCGUAAGAACGUGACGGGUGUGUCAUGGCUUGAAAACGGUAACUCAGUGGUGGUGGUGUAUAAUGACCCUGAUGCCUCGCACUCGGGUGUGCUCCAAUUGUGGGAUCUGCGUCGCUCAACAGUACCCUACAAGGAGAUCACUAACUACCACCAGUGCGGCAUCCUCGGGUUGCAGCGAUCUAAUGUGGACCCCCGCUUCUUCGUAACCGCUUCAAGGGACGGGCGUGUGAUGACUUGGGCUAGCUACGGAAGCAACGUGGUACCCUACUCGGACUUCAAGGUCGAUACCGACAUCGAGUCAUUCAGCCUCAUGCCCACGCUCGGCCUGGUCAGUCUCACGGCCACGGCCAUGGCCGCUAACCUGGCCAGCGCCGCUGGAACAGGAGCGAGCACGAGUGUGCUUUCGCUGGACACAAACGUCGUUAAGGACGGCGGUCUCAAAUUCUCGCCCAACUGGAUACCCGGGGGUAACUCUCUCAGCUUCGGUUUCGGCGGACACCUUGCUUAUCUCCACAACGUCAAGGGCGACACAGCUGUCGGUGUCUGUGAGCAGCCGUACGACACGGCCUUCGUGGACGGUGCGCAGAACUUUUAUCAACACGUGGUCAAGAAUGACAUCAUGUCCUACUGCACCCUGCAGGCCAAGGAGACCUUGGCGCGAGGCGACGCCUAUGAAGCCGACAUCUGGUCGCUACUUGGCGUCUUGUUCCUGAGUCCCGCCGAUCGCCGCACCUCGCUGCUACAGAUCCUCGGUCACAGCAUCCAAGACGUCAAAGAUCAAGCCUCCUGUUUCCUCGGCCACCAGCCGGGUGCCGGCCUGAUCAGUUCCAUCAAGGAAGAACCGGUGGCCAGUUCGCCGACCGAGGACGACGCCGCGCACUUCUUCGAAAAGCUCGCCCACGACUCCAGCCACGAAGAUCUACCCGCAAGCAACCUGAGCGUUAAAGGCAGCGGCUACCUUGUCGACCGAGACUGGACAGGGGGCAGUCUGAAACUGUUCAAGGAAUUGUUCCUGGUUGGGGACUUGUUGGGCUCCAUAGAAUGCGCACUCAAGGCGAACGACUUUGGGCUUGCCUUUAUGAUCGCCUAUGGGCUGGACAACAAGGAGGUGAUGCAGAGCGUUAAGCAGAAGUUCAUAGAGUUCAAUCAGAACUCCUUCAUCGACGUGGUGGCCAAACUAUCGGAGGAUAAGUACGCGGACACGGUAAAUGCAUGCGCACUCGACAGCUGGAAGGAAGUCGCCGCACUCCUCGUAACCUACCCCAUGACCCGUGAAAUGGCCGUCAGUGGCACCUGUAUCAAAUUCCAGGAGCUCUGCAGCCGCCUCGCCGAACGACUUAUUGAAGCCGGCGACCUAAUGAACGCUAUCGCUUGCUAUCUCAUUGCAGGCGACUUCGCUCACGCCGCAAACCUUAUCGGAAGCUUUCCCUCCGCCACGGAGGGAUCGCAGGCCGUCAAACUACUCGUCCUCCGCUUCCUCAAUCGCGACUGGGUCCUCGACAACCAGUCCUUCUAUACCGUAUACCGCUACCUCCGACGCCUCGUCAACUGCGGCCAACUUGAAAUCGCCACCACGCUCCUCGAACUCGUCGCCAACGUCCCCGGUGUGUCGCACCUUCGCUCCCUCAUCGACGAAGCCCAGGGCAAACCCGUCACCGGUCGAGACGUUUACCAAAUCGGCGUGGCACCGCAGUACAUGCAGCAACAGAUGAUGCUGCAGCAACAGUCCAUGCAGCAACAGCCCAUGCAGCAGCAACAGCCGAUGCAACAGCAGCAUCAGUCGAUGCAGCAACAGCAUCAGUCGAUGCAGCAACAGCAUCAGUCGAUGCAACCGCAGCCCAUGCAGCCGCCGUCAAUGCAGCAACAGUCGAUGCAGCCAGGCUACCACACCAUGGGCCUCGGCGGUGCUGGAAUGGGCGGUGCUGGAAUGAGCCGGCCGGGCAGCAUGGGUCAGCAGAUGCCGCCCGGCGCUAGCGUGCCCCCACCGCCCGCCGGAAUGGUCGCGAACAACCCGUUCCCGAUACCACCCGGCAGCGGUACCGGUAUGGGCUCGAGUGCCACCGGUGGCGGCUUUGGCGCCCCCGGCGGUGGUUUCGGCGGCUAUGGGUCGAGCAGUCCCUUUGCGCCGAACGCCUUCCCGCCGGCGCCCGAGGCAUUCGCGCCCCCGGCCGCGCCUGCCCCCUUCGCCACGCCACCCCUCGGCUACAGCCAGCCCGCACCGGCCGCCCACUUCAACUCCGGCAGCGGCAGCUUCCCCAGCGGCAACUACUCGCCCCCGCCUCCCGCCGCCUUCGGCACAGCACCCAGCCUCUCCGGCGUCGGCUCCAACGCCUCGGGUGUCGGCUCUAACAUGGCCGGAGCAGGCAUGGGCGGAGCCGGUAUGGCCGGUGCGGGCAUGGGCGGAGGUGUAUGGCAGGAGUGA